AUGCAGCUCUCCACCCAUCUUGGACCCAAAAGGAUGGUGCUGCAAUCUCUCCUCUUCUUGGCAUUGCUGAAUCGCCACUCACUGCAGAGACCCCUGGCAGCCGACAGCAAUGGCAUAAGCAGUGAUGACGGGCACCAAGGGAGUCCUGGGCUAAUCCAGUGUGGAGAAUACAGCAACCAGGUCUUGCCCAAUGGGAGGUGCAAAAUUGUAGCCACUCUGCCACAGCUGGAUGAACAGAGGUGCCCGGAUAUGUUCCGCUGCACAGACGAGGUCUCUUAUUGGCUUCAUGAAAAUGAGGAGCGGAAGCAGCAGGUCCUGGAACUGCGUGAACUCAUCUCUGAGCUCCAAGAAGAGCUGAGGAACCACCGACAUCGCCUCAAGGUUCUGGAGUUGCAGCAUGAAGAAAAGGCUAGCUGGAACUCUUCUCUGGAGCACCGAGUCCAGGAUUUGGAGCAGCAAUACCACGAGGCCGAUACUCUGCAGCACAUGCAAGCCACGUUGCUGUACGGCAUCCAGGCCCAGGUGCACAACAUCUCUCUGCUGAUGGAAUGGGUACGGCACAACCCCAGCUGCCUGGUCCCUGCGGAGAUGCGGCUGCAACAGGAGAUGCACCGUCCAGAUGUGAGGCAUGCCAAGAACUGCCCCAUUGACUGUGCCUCCAUAUACUACAAUGGGGUCCGUCGCUCGGGCACCUACAGCAUCAUGCCGUCCGUGGAAGGGCUGCCGAUUGAAGUGCUGUGUGAGAUGGACGUGGAAGGUGGAGGAUGGACAGUCAUCCAGAGGCGGCAAGAUGGUACCGUCAACUUUAACCGGACGUGGAAUGAGUACAAAGAUGGGUUUGGCGAUUUACAUGGUGAAUUCUGGAUGGGCAAUGAAAACAUUCACAAGAUAACCAACCAAGGGGACUAUUCCCUCCGCGUUGAUCUGGAAGAUUGGAAUAAUAAGCACAAGCAUGCCUUCUACCAGCUCUUCAGCAUUGAAGAUGAAGCCAACUAUUACCGCUUGCAUGUAGAAGGCUUCAGUGGGACGGUGGAGGAUUCCUUUGCCUGGUACCAUAACAAAAGGAGCUUCAGUACACCAGAUUCCGGGAACAUUUGUGCUGCCAUCUCCCACGGAGGCUGGUGGUAUCACCAGUGCUUCUUCUCCAACCUCAAUGGAGUUUAUUACAAGGGUGGCAGAUACUCCUUGAAAAACCGCAGGCUCCUAGGACCCGAUGGGAUAGUUUGGUACACUUGGAAAGACACAGAUUAUUAUUCUCUCCGGAAGGUGACCAUGAUGAUCCGGCCCCGCACAUUCCGACCGCAUCUCUCUCCAUGA